CCCCAUUUCGACGGCAGGCCCAGUCGAAUCUCAAGCCGUUCCACUAUGCGAACGUCUCCGGCGGCGCUGCUCCGGCCUGCUCUGCCGCUGUUACUGCUUCUUCUGCUCGUCCCACCGCUGGUGCUGGUACCGGCGAGCGGGACGAAGCAGGAUGCAUCCUCGACGCCCGCCGCAUCCGGCGCAUCCGCUAACGACGCGCCCGUGACAGACCCACAGAAGCAGGACUCCGAGUCAAUAACCCGGGAAUGGUCUUUGAUGGAGGAUGCCCUGCGCACGACGGCUGAACAGGUGGUGCAGAACGUGUUCCCGGCGCUGGUGAGAGUCAGCGGUGAGGCCGAGAUCUCCGGGGACUGCCAGGCAGCGCUCCUCAAGGUCAUUCUUGGAAUCAGGCGCCUACGGGACUGGGCCAUACGCCUGGCCGACUCGAGCGGCAAGAUGCCAAUGGGUGUCAUGACGGGCUCGCUGGCAACCCUGGGCUCGUUCGACCAGUGCCUUUCGGUGCGCCACGAGGAAGAAGACGGUGACACAAUUGUGGGCAAAUACUGUACGCUCAACAUUCAAUUUCCGGGACUGCCCAGGCCAUUCAAGAACUCCUCGGAACUCAUCAAGGACCCCGAUUCGUUCAUGCACUGGGUCUACAACUACGGCAAGUGGAUCAAGUACUUCCCGAUCCGCAUAGGCGUCUGCUUGCCAUCACUUUGCGAAAAGGAGGACCUUGAGAAGCUCGGGAGACACGUCGUGAAGAGGGCAAAGAUGAAGUCUUGGGUUGGAACCUGCGAAGUGGAUGGCCCCAGGCAGACCAACACCAUACAGCUAGUCGUUAUGAGCGUCCUGGGAGUGCUGGUAAUUUGCGUGUCGGUGGGGACGAUCGUGGAUCGCAUUUGGGGACCCCAUGACACCACCAAGAAGCCGCGCGGUGACGAAACGCCGUUAGAGUUCGCACGGGACCUGGCUCUGUCGUUUUCGUUCUUGGCCAACACACGCAAACUGCUCGAGCCGGCGCGGCGCAGCUCCAGCCUCGGCGUUUUGCACGGAAUCCGCGUGGUGUCCUGUCUCUGGAUCAUCCUGGGCCACACGUACUUCCUUGGCGACAUCACCACUUUCGUGCGCUUCAAGAGGCUGAAAACACUUGAAGAACUCAAUACUGACGUUCCAUUCACGGCCAUCGAAAAUUUUCUUCCAGUAGACACAUUCUUCUAUAUCAGUGGCCUCCUAAUCGUGUACUCCAACUGGCCGAGAAUGGAGAAAAAGAAAGGAAAAUUGAACGUGUUUUCAUCUCUGUUUCAACGUUUCUGGAGAAUGACACCCUCGUACCUCCUGGUGAUGGGUGUCUUUUCGUUGCUACCGCUGCUGGGCUCGGGGCCACUCUGGCACGAAAUUAUGAACCCCUUGAUGAGGAACUGCGCGAACUCUUGGUGGACAAACUUGCUCUACGUCAGCAACUAUCUUCCCUACGAUAGGAUGUGUCUUCUGCAUACCUGGUUCCAAGCGGUGAACAUGCAGUUCUUCGUCUUGGCUCUGCCUCUGAUGCUUUUCAUCUACAAGUGCUCAUCUCUGGGCCUGGCGCUGCUGGUCACGCUCUGCCUGAGUUCUUGCGUGGCGGUGGGCCUCAUCACCUACUUCUUCGACCUGCCGCCAGCUCUGCUACUCAUGACUUCUGAGUGGAGCAAAGCAGUCCAGCAGCUGAACCUGCUGUAUUUCCAACCGUUCACGCACUUCGGUCCCUUCUGUGUGGGCCUGCUGUGCGGCUAUUACCUCGUCAAGAACAAGACCAUCACACUGAGCAAGGUCACCCUGUGGGUAGGCUGGGCGUGUGCGCUCCUGUGCGGCCUGGUGUCCCUGUGGGGCGUGUACCCGUUCCGAGCGGGCUUCGACGUGCACCCAGCCCUGGUGGCCAGCUACGCCGCCUUGCACCGGACCAUCUGGUGCGCCGCCAUCGCCUGGCUCACCGUCGCCUGCCACGUGGGACACGGUGGACUUCUCAACACGACGCUGGCGUGGAGCGGCCUGGUGCCGCUCAGCACCCUCUCCUAUCUCAUCUACCUGAUCCACCCGCUGGUCAUCUACAUGCACGUCGCAACGGCCAGAGAAAUAGUCAACCUGGAUCAGUUCAGCAUGUGCUACAGCUUCCUAGGGCACACGACAGUAUCCGUGCUGCUAGCGUACGUGGCGCACGUGACGGUGGAGCUUCCGUUCGCCAACCUCAAGCAGCUGUUGAUGCAGCGUCGGCGAGCUUCGCUGGCGCUGGCCGCCAAAGGACGCCAGACGCCACUGCAGUCGGUCGUGUGCGGACCCGCCAACGGACACCGAACGACCGCGGGGUCUCAGCCCGUGGUCGGGCACGCCAAUGGCACCGCGUAGGCUUACCUGCACAGCUGCAUGGAUGCAGUCGUUUUCAUCGUCGCCGUAGCCGAGGCAGCGCUCGUGUACCUCGAAGAACGCCGAGCCGAAACGUCACGAAAGAAUGUGUUCUAUGUAGAGGGAAAAGAAAAGCGGUGUGCAUGGAGCCGUUUGAGAGUUGGAUGAGUGUGUGCGUCUUCACAACGAAACAUCACUAUCAAUAACUCGUCUCGUUUUGAACGUACCUGUCGCACAGCCACUGUAUAAAAAAAAAAUGUCAUAGAUACUGCCCAAGACGGUACGUGGAUUUGAUGGAGAUCCUAAAAACGAAUGAGCAUGUCUUUUGUUUUCCGUAUAUUAACCUCCUUUCAAUCGUGUACUGAUGCCCAAAAUAUGAGCAACUUCCGCGCCUUCAGAAUAAUACUGCCGUCUGAGAUUCACUGCUGUCUCGAGUCUACUGCUCUCCAUAACGCCAACUCCUUUUUCGGCCUACAUUGUGAUAUUUAUGCGAGCUUGUGGUCAGAGAUGUCUCCGCCUUCUUCUACAUUGCCAUGUAAUGUACCUCUGAGCCUAGAGAAAUGAUAACCAGGUUAUAACUCAAAAGGUUGCAUUUUAGCGGCACGGGCAGCGCUAAAAAAGCAAGUCGAAACUAUCGCCUACUUGAUGACAAGGAAUUGCAAUAUUUUCUGCACCAGGUUGUGACAUUGUUCACCUGCAAGUGCGGGGCUUUUCGUACCGGUCUUUAACACGCUGUUUAAUCAGAGUAAGAUCUUUUAAUUACUCCGUUCCAACUCAGCAAGUGACACAGUAUGCCCCUCACGCAACGACUCUGCCGUAUUUGGUCGGUGUUCGUGGUACAGCAUGAUCCCGUUCUGACAUAAAGGUAAUGACUGGGCUUGUUUGACUGCAUUAUACCAGCAAGACUUGCGUGCGACAUAGAAGUAAAGAGGAUCAUCAGGGAUGGUUAGCCAGCUGCGAGUAUCCGGUAUGCUAUAUCGGAACCGGAAGAGCGUACAAUGAGAGCUAAAAAAGAAGGUCGUAUUGCAUUUGGCGAGUAUAAUGUCCUAGGCAAUAUUUCCUUACUAUGGCCACACUGUUUUGGUCUUGUAGUCAGCUGCAGUGCAAAGGAAGACACCAUGCACAGAAUGCAGUGUUUCGGGCGAAGCAUCGGAUUUUCGUUCAUGACCGAUGCAAAUGCGUGCACAAUGCGGUUACGUAGCAUACGGGAGACCAUCAAGUGGACAUCCUCAUCUUAUGUUCUCUCGGGAAAUAUCUUAGAGUUUCUUUAUUAUCAUCAUAUUUUUUUUUCGGUGAACAUCACCUUUAGACUGUGUUAUCACUGACACCUCUGAUGAAGCAGAUGUGUUUCGUUUAAUUCUCCUGGGGUAUGCAGGUGAAUGUGGACGUGAUUUCGAUGGUUCUCAUCUGUUUGUUGUUAUUAAGCAAAUAAAUGUUUUUCCCUGGCACUGCGAAUGGCAUCAGAAUGGUCUUGUAUAUGGCGGAACACAAACGCCUUAGAAUAUGCGAAAACAACCAACGUCUUGCGAGUUCAUCAACGAUGUGCUGUUGGCUAAGGUAAGAAGGGAUAAACAUUCGCUUUUUGCGUGUAUGUUCAUGAUAUUUAACGCCGUGUGUGGAAUGUUUCUCUGAAUGAAAAAAAAAAGAAAAAGAACACUUUUUUGUUGGCUGUAACUGCUGAGCCAGUUUCCCGAAAUACUGAGGACGGGAAAUGACAAAAGGUGUACAGCAUGUCUCGAAUAAUUUCCUAAGAUUAAGCAAUUAAGCUUUUCAAAUUUCAGGAAUCGUGCUCGUUAUCUCAGCCUUAACGAGAAACUCGAAAAAGAGAUACGGUGCUUUGUUGUGUCUACGUAUCGAGCUUUGCGUGCAUUGAGUUAUUUGAACCGCGUUUUUUCCUUGUGCUUACGGUCAAGAACCUCAUACUUGCCGCGGUCGUAUUAUGUUGAAAAAUAAAGCGACUCAUAUGAUGCC